AUGCAGCAAGUGCAGAAAAUACAACAACAACAAAUUGAUUCUCUCACUAAGCAGCUUUCUUCUCAGAAGGUUGCUUCUGUGGACACUAAUUCUGUGUGUGCCAGUUGUGAGAAAAGCCAUGUUACAGAUGAUUGUGAUUGUGGGAGACCUGAUGAACAAGCAGAAGUUAAUGGAGUAUGGGGUCAAAUUAUUUCAGGGAAGAGACUUCAUGCUUUCAUGCAGGAGACUAAGACAACAUUCAGAAACCAGGAAGCAUCCAUCCAGAAUUUGGAGACACAAAUUGGUCAGUUGUCUAGGCAGAUAGCUGAAAGGCCACAGGGAAAGUUCCCUGGUGAUACUAUGGUGAAUCCAAAAGAGCACUGCAAGUCCAUCAUUACAAGAAGUGGGCUUGUGCUCCAACCGGUGAACAAGAAAGUGGAUGAGAAGAAAGUGGGAGAAAAGAAAAGUGAGGAGGAAGAAAUCCAGAAGCAGCACUAUGCAAGGUUUCUGGAUAUUUUUAAGAAGUUGCAGAUUAACAUUCCAUUUGCUGAGGCCCUGGAGAACAUGCCUCACUAUGCCAAAUUUAUGAAGGAUCUUCUGUCUAAGAAGAGGAAAUUGAAGGAUGGUGAGACAGUGGCUUUGACAGAAGAGUGUAGUGCCCUGAUCCAAAAGAAGCUUCCACCAAAAUUGAAAGAUCCUGGAAGUUUCAGCAUCCCUAUUGCCAUUGGAGAUGUGGAAGUAGGGAAGGCACUUUGUGAUUUGGGGGCCAGUAUAAAUCUGAUGCCUUUGACUGUAUGUAGAGCCUUGGGAAUCAACACCCUGAAGGAUACUAAUCUUAUAUUGCACCUUGCUGAUAGAUCCAUCAAAAGACCAGAAGGUGUGGUUGAAGAUGUUCUGGUCAAGGUGGACAAGUUUAUUUUUCCAGUGGAUUUUGUUAUUCUAGAUAUGGAAGAAGAAGAUACUGAAAGCCCUCUACUGCUAGGGAGGCCAUUUUUAGCAACUGCUAGAUCCCUGAUUGAUGUUGAACAGGGAAGAGUUGUGGAAGAAGUGACAGGAGAAGAGGACCUGUUAUUGGAGGAAGACAAAAGUAUGGAAGAAAUGCGUGGGGAAUUUUAUCAAGAGGAACCAAUAGUUGAAGAGCUUGAAAAGAAGAUGGAUGACAUUCCUAAGGGAACACCUAAGGUGGAACUGAAAGAACUACCUUCAAAUUUGAAGUAUGUGUUCCUUGGGGAUGAUGAAACCUACCCAGCCAUUAUCAAUGCAUUUUUGUCUAAGGGGAGGAAGUGA